CUAAACCAAUUUGAAAUUACGAAGUUUUAAGCCCGUACCCGAAAUUGCCCGGCCAUCAUGAUUGACUAUGUUAUUAAGCAAAUACAAAAAAGUUAUUUGUGAAACUAAAUAAUCGAGGACGAUAAAAUUAACUGACAAAUAAAUUAUUGAAUUUCCUUUUAGUCGUAACUUAUAUCAAUUUACCGUCUUUUUAUGUUUGUUGGACUUGUUGACAAUUUAUCUUGUAUCUAUGUCUGUCGCACCUCUUUGACAAAGCUCUAAACAAGUUGCGGCCUACGGGCGACUGUUUUCAUUAGCUCAUAAGCAUUUGUUUAAGUGACAUGAGCAUGCAGAGUCAGUAAGAGGUUGUCAAUUAGCGCCUUUUUUGGCGCCCUACUACGUUUGCACGUGUUGCUUAGGCCCCGUCCACGCUACGCCAGACAAAUUUGAAAACGCAGCUUUAUUUCUGCGGUUAGGCCUACCGUCCACACUAAUCCGUCACGAAAACGGAGCUUUUCGAAAACGCUUUUCCAACCGGGGGAAAACCGGCGUAGUGUCGACGGCAAACAUUUGUGCAUUCAGGGUGCCGAAAAACGCCGUUUUCAAUUUUUUUCCGGUGUAGUGUGCACGGGGUCUUAGGCUUAUGUUUAUGCCCGAGUAAAAACCAACCCUCAGGGUUAGUUCGCCAAUUAUGUUGACUUCCUAAAGAGCUAUAUACACUUCACGGUAUGAGUAAACAUGAUGGAUGGUCCUCUUAUUAAUACCACCAUGCUAAACUCGACUGAUGUCAGAUGCAUGCCUUUCAUCAAAGAAGAUCCCGUGUCUACAAAAGUCAUCAAAGCAACAAGUUACAUCGUAAUGAUGUUGCUCUCACUUCUUGGAAACGCGGCAGUCAUCGCCAUUGUUGCGAAAAACAAGCACAUGAGGACUACGACUAACUACUUAAUCGCAAACAUGGCUGUGUCCGAUAUGUUGCUUUCGGCAUUUGCAGUGCCGCGAGAACUAACACAAAUCUUUGUCGGUUACCAGGGAUGGCUAAUCGAUGGUCUAUCAGGUGCAACACUAUGCAAGGUUGUCUACUUCGUCCAAGAGAUCUCAACCGCUGUCUCGAUACAAAGUAUUGUUGUUAUCACAUUGGAUAGGUACACUGGAGUUGUUCAACCCUUUCGAAAGCCUUUCAUCACUCCAAAACGACUUAAAUUUGUAAUUGCACUGAUAUGGCUAAUAUCAAUGGGUCUACACGGUAUUUAUUUUUACAUAGCGCGUCUUCAAAGAGUGAAUGGAAUCAGCAUUUGCUCCUUCAGCUUUGAGCCAGCAUUUGACAACUUACAAGCACUGAGGAUCCACUUUACAAUUCUAUCUGUUUUUUUGAUCGCCAUUCCUUUGGCAAUCGUCACCGUUCUGUAUUCACUCAUAUUCAGGGCUUUGAGAAGACAGAAACCCAUUUGGAAAGGAUGUUCGUCUUCACUCAUGAAAAGCCGGCGUAAAGAAAACACCAAAAUAACCAAGAAAAUUCUAGCAAUCAUACUUCUGUUUGUUAUUUGCAUAUUUCCUGUAGAUAUCAUCGGUUUUUUAUUUUUCUUUUUGUGGGAUAAGGAAAUUCCUUGUGGUAUGGACCAAUUGAGUUUCGCAGCUAAGUUCAUAUUUUAUUCCAACGCAUCACUUAACCCUUGCAUUUAUUUCCUUCUAAAUGGCAGAUAUCGCCGGGCUCUGCGACAUCUUUUAAAAGGCUGUAAACGCUUCCCUCGUGAGAUGGAUAUGGAAAUGCUUACAGUAAAAUAUAAGUAGUUUACAUAAAUCUAAUUAAAAUUCGAGGUCUUAUUUGAUCGAGUUGCAUUUAGGUCAUUAACUACUCGAUAUAAACAAUGUGAUUUUGAAAACAACUUAAGAAUGAAUUCAACUUUUUAAUGAAUGUUUGUUCUUUGAAAAUUGUCGUCUUCAUUUCAAGAUCGUUUAUUCAUUUCUGGCAGAAAGCCGCUUGGCACACUUGAACACCAGAUUAAGGUACAGAAAAAAUAACGACACCGAGAAGAUAAUGACAAAGCCAGAUUUUUCUCGUAAAAGUCAAAAU